ACACUGACACUUGAUCAAAAUGAUCAAUUUAUUUGUUUACAUUUUCCGCUAGAACUUUUGAAGCUGAAAAUAAUUAAUUGAUCGAAUAAAAUUACUCUAUCUUCCUAGUAAAAUGUCCCAAGAAUUGAACGAACUGUGUCAAAUAUUAUUCCCAGAUUCUCCAAGUGCUAACCAUGAAUACUUCAGCGAUAUCGCCGAUUACAUACAGACCUUGGGUUCUCAAAAUUGGGAAUACAUUCGCAAAGAACCGGACAGAUUGGAAGAAGAGAUGAAACAACUGACUGAACAGACCCAAGACCUGGCCUUCACCAACUACAAGACAUUUGUGGAGAGCGCUGAUGUCUCCAAGGCCAUUAUGAAGGAUUUGGGCAAGUCCAAGGAGUCCCUAGAAGUUUUUCUAGACAACAUGCCUGGCUUCAUCCAAGAAUGCGAGAGUUUCUCUCAAAUGGUCAACAAUAUUGUUAAAGAGAAGAGCCGCUACAGCGGUGUCCGCAACCAGAGCGAGAAGCUGCUGGAGCUUCUAGAACUGCCAGCACUCAUGAGGGAGGCGCUCAACGCGGAGGACUACGAGAGCGCGCUCGACAUCUUCACCUUCAUCAGGAACCUGUCCAAGAGGUACACUGAUGUACCCAUUAUUCAGAACACCACAUCAGAAAUAAUGACCCUUUGGUUUGAGACCCUCUACCACCUGUUCAACCAGCUGCGGUAUGACUUGCCACUGCCCCAGUGUCUGCAGAUCCUAGGCUACCUCCGCCGCGCCAACACAGUGUACAAGUCGACGGACGGCGAGCAGACAGUGCCGAGCGCCACCGCGAGCGGCGACGGGCUGCAUCUGCACUUCCUGAAGGCGAGGAACGCUUGGUUCGAGAACGCGCUGGAGGAGGCUAAGAAUAAUGAAUCGCCAGACAAGCUGCUCCGUCGCCUCGUGGAACUCCACCGCGUGCAUCUGUUCAACGUGCUGACGCAGCACCGCAGCAUCUUCCUCACGGACGCACAGGAGAAGGACGACGAGCUCAACGGGAAUAGCGCGCUCUCGUGCUGGCUUAAGCAGAAGGUGGAAGCGCUCGCGCUCACGCUCAACCAAGGUCUACCGAAAGAGGACGAGUCCAGCUACGAGUCUCUAUUCAACCAGUGCAUGUACCUGAGCCUGUCGUUCGGCCGAGUCGGAGCUGACAUGCGUGGAGUCCUUACCCCACUCUUCAGAGAUAACCUAGUAGCCACCUUCCACAGCGGACUAGAGAAAGCAGACUAUCAGUUUGAGAACCAAAUGAGGUCUUAUAAAGUCCCGAGUAUCAAGAAUGUAGCGAGACCGAUCAGUGAAGCAAUGUCUGCUGGACCGCCUGAAAGCUUGUUGGAUUAUUACCCGCUAGCUGAGUACUGUAACGGUAUGCUCAAUGUGUUGAAUUCGCUGCGGGUAACCGCUCCGUUGAAUAUUGUGAAGGUGGUUUAUGGAGCGUUUAGGAAGUCUCUGGAUAAGACGGUUCAAGUACUGUUAGCGUUUUACCAUAGAGAGCAGCAGGCGUUUUCUGAUGUUGAACGGCAGAAUUUUGUGUCGUUCUGCAUAUGUUUCACUGAGGACUUUGUCCCGUAUAUUGUGAAGUGUCUGUCGUUGACAUUCCCUUCCACGCAAGUUGCGGAGUGUUUGGGGGUCACGUUGACUGUCCUACAGGAUAGCAAGAUACUGCAUAUCGACCAAAUGAUGAUUUGUGAACCUUUGAAUAGUAUUACUGGACUAAAUAUGAGCUAAUUAAGUAUGGUGGAUUGUACAUAAUGUAUUAUGCUAUUUAAAUAAAUAAAAAUGAUGUUUA